GGCUUCGCCUUGACUGGCCGCCGCUCACUCCUCACCGGCUCGGGUUGUGAGUGUCGGAGGAGCGGAUCUGGGUCGGGAGGCGUGUGGGCCGAGAGGCAGACCUCCAGCUACGGCCGGAGCUCAGCAGAGAUUUUGACUAAAUUCUGUUCAGAAGAGGAGAUAAUUUCUAGAAAAAUUCAAGGAAGAGAAGAGAAGAUUCAAAUGGAGGUGCCAGAGGAAACUACAUAAAAAAUUCAACAGAUCCAACAGGAAACUGAAAGGAAUGGUACUGAAUUAAAUCUACACUUCUACAGGAUUUUCUUUGCAACCUGUGAUGCCACAUGUAGAAUCAACAGGAAACUUUUCCAACAAUUGAAGGCAAACUUGUAGAAAAAGGGCUGUCUUGCCCUGUGAGCAGCAGCCUUGGUUGACCAGGAAAAUGAAAGAGAAUGUGCUGUUUUAUCUGAUGGGUCUCUCUGUGGCCACAGUAAUGGGAUAUCCUUCCAGGUUGUCUUCCGCAGAUUUGGAUGCCACCCCCCGUAUAACAAUUGUCUAUAACGCUUUGAAAUAUGCAAGGCAUUUUAGCAGCAGUGCCCAGAAUUACACCACCUUCUUGCUGGAAGAGGAGAAGGGAAUUCUGUAUGUGGGAGCCAGGGGGGCAAUCUUCUCCUUAAGUGCCAAUAACAUCUCUGAUACCACUGAUGGCUCCUAUCAGAAAUUAAAUUGGGAAGCAUCUCCUGAGAAGCAAGCAGAAUGCUUGAAAAAAGGCAAAAACAACAAGACAGAGUGUUACAAUCACAUCAAGCUUUUGCAGAGGCUAAAUUCAACACAUCUGUAUGCUUGUGGUACAUAUGCCUUCCACCCACUCUGUGCUUACAUCGAUAUCAACAAAUUCAUGUUACCCUCUUACUUUGAGGAAGGGAAAGAAAAAUGUCCUUAUGAUCCUGCUCAUGGUUAUACAGGCCUCAUUGUGGAUGGCAGUUUAUAUACAGCAACACGCUAUGAAUUCCGCAGCCUACCAGACAUCCGACGCAACUGGCACCAGCGGGUUCUGAGGACUGAGGAAUCCCCCUUGCAUUGGCUGAAUGAUGCAGAGUUUGUGGCUUCUAUGUUGGUCAGGGAGAGCACAAGGAGCUCUGUGGGAGAUGACGACAAAAUCUACUAUUUCUUCACUGAACGUGCUGGAGAGGAGAGCACAUCAGUAUUUGAGAAGGCCCAGGUGCCCCGAGUAGCUCGAGUAGCUCGAGUGUGUAAGAAUGAUCUGGGUGGCAAGAAGAUUCUCCAGAGAAAAUGGACAUCCUUUAUGAAAGCAAAGCUAGAAUGCUACAUCCCUUACUAUGAAGUACUGAAAGAUGUUGCCAGUUUGGAUGGCGGUAACUGGACGAGCACUGUUUUCUAUGCAACAUUCAUCUUAUCAGCCCAAUGGAGGAGCAUAGAGAUGUCUGCUGUUUGCCGAUACAACAUCUCAGAGUUGCGUGAAGCUUUUGAAGGGCCAUACAUGGAAUACCAAGAUUCCUCCCACAAGUGGUUCCAGUACACUGGGAAUGUACCAGAGCCACGGCCAGGAUCAUGCAUUACCAAUCGUGCUCGCAGAAGAGGCUACAACUCCUCCCAGGAUCUGCCCAAUGGUGUGCUGGAUUUUAUCAAGAUUCAUCCACUGAUGUAUGAAAAGGUGAAACCUACAGAUAGAGUCCCUCUGCUAAUAAAGAAAAAUGUGGUCUACACCCAAGUUGCAGUAGACAGAGUCCAAGCCCUGGAUGGGCAUAUGUAUGACAUCCUCUUUUUGGGAACAGGUAAUGGAUGGAUUCACAAGGCUGUCGUCAUUGGCUCCAUGAUCCAUAUCACAGAGGAGAUGCAGGCCUUCAAGAAACCCCAACCUGUAGAGAACAUCAUCAUUUCCAAGCAACAGAGGAGUUUAUACGUUGGAGCCCAGAGUGGCGUCUUGCAGUUACCACUAUCCACUUGUUCACAAUACAUCUCCUGCUUCAGCUGCAUCCUGGCCCGGGAUCCAUAUUGUGCCUGGGAUGGCAAGAGCUGCCAAGAUAUAGCUGAUGUUCUGGACAGAUCUCUGCUGAUUCAGGAUGUGCUGCAUGGCAACAUGGGCUGCUGGAACGAUUCUGUGCAGGCUGUGCUCGUGCAGAAGAACCGGACAGUACUGCAUGGUGGUGAUGUGCUCCUGCCUUGUGAACAGACAUCCAACUUGGCACGGGCGAUUUGGAUGGUGAAUGGCACCAAAGUGCUUGCUGAGGAUGAGCAAGGACACUUCCGAUUAGGCGUAGAUGGAUUGUUGGUGACAGACACACAGCUUGAUUAUAGUGGAGAAUACCAAUGCUACGCCGAGGAGAAUGGCCUGCAUACCUUGGUAGCCACCUAUGGUCUAACUGUGCUGUCCAAAGAACUGGGGCCACAACUGCCCAGCAGUCCAACCCUCCCAUCUUGGCAUUUGGCCAGAAAUGAUGCUGGGAACGUGAACUUUAUCUACAUUGUGAUCAUCACAGUGCUGAGUGGAUUAUGCUUUGUGCUCAUGGUUGUGCUUUUCUAUGUCUGCUGUUUGCACAGGCAUAGAGGCAAGUAUCAGCUAGGGGGUCCCCAACCAUCAAGUGUAGAACUGCAGACUGUUUCUUCAAAUUGCCUGAGCAAAGGAAGGCCGGAUGAAGAGGAGCUGAGCACCUAUCCGGAUGGCUGCCUUCAGAUCAUCCCCGGAGAAGCCCCUACCUUGUCACUGUCACCCAAAGUGACACCUCUGGCCCUCCCCCCUCCCCCUCCCCCUCUCCCUGCUGAGUUCACCAAUGGCAUUUCAACAUUGCCCAACAUGCUGCGCAAAAUGAAUGGCAACAGCUACAUGCUCCUGCGACAGAACGAGGAGCCGUGUACUUCACCGCUGUACAACUCUUUCACCGAGGAACUGAGCAAAAUUCUGGAGAAGCGGAAACAUACCCAGUUGGUAGAAAAACUGGAUGAGAGCUCUGUGUAAGGGGGAGAGAGGGUCUAUGUGCUGAACUAUUCUCUCUUGCCACUGCACAAUUCCGCCUCUGAAGGCCAAAAGAACCAGUGUUAGGACUGAGCAACUACCUCCGGAGUGGCCCUCCGGAGCCGCCACAGACUCCGCACUCAUUUCUUUUAUUUUACUGUUGUCUUUUUUUGUUGUUGCUGCUGUUGAUCGUUUUGUUUUUCAAUUGCUGUAAACAAAGAAAUCUGUUUAAAUGGGAAUUAUAUUUAUAUAAAAGGCUGAUCAAUAAACGGGGGCCGCAGAGAUGUGUUGGGUUUGUCUGGU